GAAUUUGAUCUUUAUAUAAUUAAAUCUAUUGUUAGGAUAUGGAAGGAGAAGAUAAAGAGUUCACAGAACUUAAAGAAAGAGUCAACAAGACACUUGAGGAAAGAUACCCAAAUUGGAAAGAGCCAAUCGAAGAGCUCAAGGCAAUGGACCAAUACCUGACCACUUGUGCUGAGCACGACUACCCAUCUGAAGGUGCCAAGGAGGAAGAAAAGGACAUGCUUGAUCCCAAAAUCUAUAAAGGAAUUUGCAACAAGCUCAGCAAGAUCAAUAUAUACGUGAAGGAAGAGGUUAUUCCUGAAAUCAUUCAGGUUUUUAAAACUCUACUCGGGAUCUUCAACUCAGAGAUCUCUUCAGGGAGAUGCCACCCUGAGAUAAUGGAGGCUAGCGAAGUCUUAUUCAAAGUCAAUGAAUCCUUCUUCCGAUCUCAUCGGAUUGAAGCUCCUGAAAAGAAAACUAAAAAGAGCGAAAAAGAGAGUGAAGAGAAGGAUACCAAAGAUGAUACAGACAAGAAGGAAGAUAAAGAACAGACCGGUGAGACAGAAGAUGUCAAAAACUGGGGCGCUCCUGAUGACUCACCUGAAAAGACCAACAAUAAUGCUGAUCUGCUAGGAUUAAAUUCUGAUGACCCUGAGAUUGCAGGCCAUGAAGCGGCUAUAGCAAAGCAAAACCAAGACGAGAUGGCUGCAGAAGAUACUAAAGCUGGUGAGAAAACCGAAACUCCUGAUGGAGACGGAGACACUGAAGAGCUAGAUAAAACUGGAAAUCAAGCUGAUGAUGAAUAUGAAGAUCAGUCUAAAUACUUUGAAGAUGGAGCAUAUAAUAAUGCAGAUACUACCUUUACUCCUGACAAAAAAUAUGACUAUGAAUAUGAUGAUAACCUUUUAUGUAUGAUUUAUACAGGACCUGAAUUCGAACUAGGAGAGCUCGUUGAUGCUUUGAAGACAGAACAAGAAGUUACAACCCAGACACUCACUUGUUGGGAACAAGCUAAGGUUGUGGAAGAUAAUCCAAAUUACUAUGUUAUUCAAUUUAUUAGAGACUAUCCUAAUUUCAAAACUAUACAAAAGGAUGUGUUUAGAACUAUGAUGUUCAAAUACGAGACUCACACUCGCCAUAACCAUUGGAGAUAUUGGGCUCCAGAAAGAAAAUUAAACUUAAUGGUAGAAGUGUACCAUCAAGACAGAUGGCAGUUGGCCAAGAUCAUGUCUACUUGCGAUAGCAUUAACGGAGAAGUAGAUAUGGCUAAUCUAGUGACUUUCCCUGACCCUGACAACGUAAUUGAUAUGAGCAAGUCUGAUUUCCCUCAAUACCCUAUUCGUAGCCCAAGGAUCAGACUUCCGAACGGUCAAGUUAGGUAUCUCGGUCAUGCACCUGAUCAUGGCACUACAGCUGGAACAGAAACUUACCCCACGAACGUUGGGACUUAUGGAGGAAGUAACUCUACCAAUAGUGAUGGCAAAACAAGUAUUCAUGUUUUGUUGUGUCAGGAAUUCGUCAGAAUUGGUACUCAUCAAGCUAUUGUUGAAAGAAUCUCUAAUAAAGAGAACCCACUCCCCAUCGAACAAGUAGUUGCUUUCUUGAACAUUCUCGUUGUAAUCAUUGUGUAUAUAAGAGAGCACACUGAUUAUGAUUCUGAGCUCCAGAGCUUCAACCAAAUUGUCUUAGCUACAUUGGAAGACUAUGUCGAGAAUGACCUCAUUCUUCCAAGCAUCAAAGAAUUUAAGCACGAAUACUUCAAAGCCAUCAACCAAGCUAUUGUAAAGUUCAGACUUGGAAAUGAAUUUAACCAGAGAAUGGCAACACUUAUCAUAGAGUGUGCUAAGAGAUGCCUUAAUUCAGCAUACCUCAGUGUCAGAGUUCAAGGAUGCAAGGAGAUUGAGUCAAGGUGCUCUACUGCUCACAGAUCUAACACCUCUCAUCUGAGCAAAGACGAAUUAGCUGAGUGGCUUUCUAAGAACCAGAUCAUUAAAUCUAUUUUUGGAGCAAACCACCACUCUGAGCUGAUAAAAAGGUCUGAAUAUAUGCUGAAGAUCCUCUCUCGUUCCAAAAUUGGUAUCAGUGAGGAAGAGAUAAAGCUGAUCUGGAAUCUCACCAAGAGAGAUAAACAGACAAAGAAAGAAAUUUAUACAAUCCUUGGAAAGGUUGGUGAUCUCAUUAAUGAUGAAGCAAAGGUGUUUAUCUUUGAUAGACUGAAAGAGUACGAUAAUUUCCUGAUCGAUGACAUCAAUUUCCUCUACUCUUUCAAAAAGAACACCGACUUUCAGCUAGAGUGUACUUGGAAAAUCUUGAACAACAGCUCCAGCUAUGAACAAGAAGUUGUCCAAAGCGCAUUCUCAAAGCUUGAGGAUAUGAUGAAAUUCUCCUCGAUGGAGAAGAAGCUUGACUAUAUAAACAAGAGUAUCGCUAAGUUAGCCUCAGGAGAUAUGUCUCUAGUCUUGAUUAGAAUUCUCAAGGCAACAUUGAAGAAUAUCAACCUUGCCACAGCUAGAGUCCAAAACAUGGGUGAUCAAUUUGAAACAGCUAAAGAUGAGCUUCUUCUCAAAUUUUACGAAAACUUUAACACUUACUGUGAGACUGUUGAAGAAAUAUGCGUAAAAGACGAUAGAAGAAGGUUCAACGCUGCUUAUGAAUGUUUUGUUGAUACAUUCAAUCAUGAAGAGCACUUAAAGGAAAAGCUAGCAUUUAUUUCUGAGCUGUACAAACUCUAUAAAAUCACUAUUACGAAAGAGCAUAUUGAUCUACUCUGGAAAUGCCUGUCAAUGACUCGCAUUAGACUUAAUAUUGAACUGUACUUCAAAUGGCUAAAUGACCAAAUAGAAGCUUAUAACUCAGAUAAAUUCUCCUUCCUUACUGGAGAGAUUAUUGAGUACUUUUUCACAGAGAGGAUUCUCAAUGAACAAAACAAUUACUCUCUUAUGGAGACAGAAGGUUUCGCUCUGUUCAAGUCUUUGUUCAAACUUGUGAAUGAAAAAUACCAUAAACUCCAAAUCUUGAACGCAACCAGAGGGAAAACAAAGCACCAGACCAUAAUCACAAAUGGAGCGACCAUUACUUCAACUACUUACGGAAAUGUUAGCCAGAAGAAGGAAUUCAUCAUCUAUGUCCACCCUGACCAAUUGCUCGGCAUAAACAUCGUGUGGAGAAUUAUGAUGGAAUGCAACAACAUUGCUGUCACUGCUGACUGAAUGAUCUUCAUCGGAAACCUCUACUCCAACAUCAGUGACUCAAUCGAAGACCAAAGAAUGAGUAUUGAAGAAGAUCUUGUGAAGAUAAGUUUCCAACAGAUCAACGAACUUGAGAAGAAAAUUAAUCAGCCCAUCCCUGAAAGCUAUGGUGAAGCUCAAAUCGCUCAUUGGAAUAUGCAAAAGGAUAACCUUCAGAAGCAAAUCGAGAGAAACUUCAUGCAUAUUAAGAGUUUUAUGAAUAACUCUGAAGUCUGCGGAUUGGACGGGUUCGUCUCCUUUGAUCCAGGAUAUAAGAUCUCAUUCACUGUUCUCAAUAAGAUUUCAUGGGGAAAGGGAUGCCAUACCAAGAAGGGUGUCCCAACUAAAUUUAGAUUCUACGUUUUCCAAAACAUCACUCUCUGGGACUUAAAGAGAUACAUCAUUGACAAAUUAAAAAUGGACCAAAAAACCUUGAAGAUUGAAAAGAUUGGAAUUCAUUCAAAAGAGUUCAAAGACUCUGAAAACUCCAGAACUCUUAAGCAGCUAGGUAUUGAAGAUGAUGACAAGCUCUCAGUUACUGCAAAAGUAUCAGCUAAUACGUUUGACCAUCUCAGUCUAAUGUUCUCAGAUGGAACCUUAACUCCUGAAGCAUCGAGAAUGUUUGAAGAGGUCUUUAAUCUUUACACUACUGAGGAAGGGGUAAUGAACAGAGAAGGAGCUGCUAAUUUCCUCAAAUUGUGCACUAACCAGAAUACUAAGCUUGACGAUCCAAGAGUGAACAGACUUUUUGACUCUUAUAACCAGGCUAAAGAUGAGAGACUUACUUGUGACGAGUUCAAACAAUUCUAUAUCGACUCAAUCAAGAGUAAAGAGCAAACUGUCUGGUCCAACAUCAGAGCUUGGAGUUAUAAGACUGAUCUGAAGCAUGGAACUGAGAGGUCCGAAAGAGAAAGAUCAACUUUACUAAGAUAUAAAAUCCCUCAAAAUGAGGAAGACUUCAAUUCCAUCCUGAACCUGCUUGAAAAUGAGAACAAUGAAAUUGCUGGAUCUGCAUGGAGGUUCCUUUCUGAGCUGUGCCUUAAUCCAGAGGUUAUAGAGAAAAUUAUAACUCUUGAUUUGUUUGAAGAUCUUGAAAACAAGUGGUUGGAGAGUUCAAAUCCUUACAAGCUUAUUUAUGUACUCAGAAUAAUCCACUUUUUCCUACAUUAUGAGCUGAACGCUCAGGCUGAAGUAAGAGUGAUGUUUAAAGAUGAAGAUAACACAAGCGACAAAGACCUAAAUGUUGUAGGAAGCUCAAUCCUAAAACCAGUCGGAUCAGGAAUUCCUCCUCCAGAGCCAGCUGUGCCUGUAGGAAUUCCCCCAGAGAGUAAUGCUUUAUCAAGCGAAGGAAAGGCUCAUAAUAUUGUAUCAGCAUCUGCAAAUGCUCCUCCACCUCCACCACCCCCAUGUGGGCCAAAUCUACCAACAAUCAAUGUACAAGGCCCAGAAGAGAAGAAAGUUCAAUUUAACGAAGAACCUGAAGAAUAUAACGUCAAUGUGUACCCUCCUGGUGGAGAAGUAGUCGAAGACUACCAAAUGGAGGUAGAGGAGAACAUCCAGACUGACACUAAGCCUGAUUCCAAAGUUGAAUCAAGUUCUAGCAAACCAGAUGAAAUUAAAGAAGAAAAUUACACAGACCAUAUGACCCUACCUGUCAUGGAGAUCGCUGAAAAAUAUAAAGAGCAUAUGGCCAAUUGGGUCUCGAAGUUUAUUGAGAAAGGAGGCUACGAUUAUGUAUGAGACUUGUACCUCUCUGAUGAUAGUCCUAUCUCAGUAAAACUCAACAACAUCUCCAUAAUGACUGAAGAAGAGAAAUCUUGUAGUAGACUACUUCUUGAGAUAAUCGGUGUCUUCAAUAUCGUUGCUGCUUAUGUCAAUGAUGAAACAAUUCCUAAAGACCUCGAAUCCCAGAAAGCUUUAGAUCAUGCCCAGCAAGAAUCUGAUUACUAUAACAUCGACGAAGACGAGGUGAUGGAUGCCGAUCAGCCUAAGAAAAUGAGGACUACCUCUUCAGCCAACAAAGAGAUUGAUGAAAUAAUUCUUAUUAAAGCAAAGAUCAGUCUAUACCAUGAGAUUAGCAGUCCUACCUUCUGCAAGUCCAUCACUCCAAAGUUUGCAAAGAGAAUCAUCGAGAAAUUUAACUAUGAAAAAUUUGUCAAGAGAACACUGAAGACAUUAAACGAGAUUCUCUCUACUAGAAAUCUUUCUCAGAUGGAUAAGGAUAUUAUAAAUCAGAACAUGAAGGUUACUCAGAACUUAUUCCUUUAUGAUGAAAGAAGUCUUAGCAUAUUAUAUAACUUCAAGGAUGAGGAAUCCAAUACUGACCUGAAAGAUUUCAUUAUCAGAGGAAUGACCUUCAGCACUGACCAAGAAAUCAAGAGCAUAUUCAUGAAUACUCUUUGGUUCAUCUGCCAAAAGAUCAUGCAUACAGAGAAAGAGAGACUCCCCUUAAUGGUCAUCCUCGAGAUUUUAAAAGAACAUUUCUUCAGCAACAUUAAAGACAGUGUGAGAUAUUAUGGCUACGAAGAGUUUUACAACGGAUUCUGCAACCUUCUCAGAGAGUACUUCAAGGUCAGAAAAACUCCUAAUAAGAAGUUCGAAAACAUUCUUGAUCCCCGAAUCUUCCUGAGACAGCUUGUUCUUGUCCUCAAGGAUUAUCAGACCAAGGAGAAGAGGAACACGAUACUAGAAGACCAUAAUUUGAUAGGUAUGUUUGACAUUAUGUCAUGUAUUCUCUCAGAAAUGCCUGAAUUAGUAGAGCCUUUUGCUCUUGAAUUUGGGCUACUGGAUGAACUCUGGAAAAACUGUCUUUUCCAAGAAACUGUUGAAGCUCCUAAGAUUGAUUACACAACUCAAAUAGAACAGAAUAACUCUGAACUCCAUACUAAUAAAUGCAACACUAGAACUAGCAGAGCAAGGGCUUUCUCUCUUUUGACACUUUUGACCACUAACUCUGCUAAGGUUAGAGAAAGUGUAUACACAGACUGCCUCUACAAAAUGGUUUCAUGUUUGGAAAGACCUGAAAAUUUUGCCACUAAAUCCGAAUCCGAAGCUAGAUUAUAUAGUUAUGCAGGAUUGAAAAAUCAAGGAGCUACUUGCUACAUGAACUCAAUGGUCCAGCAAUUAUAUAUGAUCCCUGCAUUCAAGUACUUGUUCCUAGCAGUCGAUGAUGGAAAAGACGAGAAUUAUGAUACUAACAACAUUGAGGAUGAGAAAUCCCUCUACCAUAAUAAAAAGAUUGAUGAUAACUUGUUACACCAGUUCCAAAAUACUCUAGCUUUCCUUGAGCUCACUGAGAGACAGUAUUACAAUGCCUUAGGCUUGUGUUUUGCCAUGAAGGAUUACUCAGGAAUGCCAACAAACUGCUCGAUGCAGCAAGACUCUCAAGAAUUCUUGAACCUCUGCUUCGAUAGGUUGGAGAACUUGUUAAAGCCUACACCUCAGCAAUAUGUUAUCCAGGAUAUUUUCGGAGCAAAGCAAUGUACUCAUAUGACUUGUGACUCAUGCGAUUAUGUAAAAUCAAGGAUUGAGGACUACUAUAUUCUUUCAGUUCCUGUAAAGGGCUUUAAGAGCCUUGAGGAAUCAUUCAACUCAUACACUGACGGAGAGAUAAUCUCAGACUUUACUUGUGACAACUGAGAGCAGAAAGUUGACAUCAAGAAGAAUUGCUCUUUAAUCAAUAUGCCAAAUAUCCUCAUGAUUCAUCUGCAGAAAAUCCAUUUCAACGUAGAAACUUUGAUGAACGAGAAGGUUGGAGAUAAGUACGAGUUCCCAACUCAUCUGGAUAUGAAGAACUACAUGAUUAAUAGCAUUGCUGAAAAGCAUGGAAUCAAGGAUCCUGAGCUACAUAAAUAUGCAGAGAAUAACUCUAAAAACUUCGAGUAUAGGCUUGUCGGAGUUAUCAUCCAUCAAGGAGUUGCAGACGGAGGUCAUUACUAUUCUCUGAUUUGCACUGAUUCAAAUAUUCACGACCCAAAACUAAAGGAAUGGCUUCCAACUGAGAACAUGAAAUGGACUGAGUUUAACGACACUGAUACCAGAGAUUACAACUUCAGAUCGAAUUUUCAAGACGAUUGCUUCGGAGGAAAGAGUAACAGUUACGGCCCUGCUCUCCCUAGCGAGUUCCAGUCUUGGGGAGGAGCUGGUGCCAGCAGCAAGAGCGCAUAUGUAUUAAUCUACCAAAAGAGAGAAUUCAAUGACAUCAGGCUCCAACUUGAUAUUGAAACUGUCAGAAGUCAAGGUAAGACACCAGCAGAGCAGAAAAAGAUUUUUGAAGAUGAGAAAGAUAGCUAUCUCCGUAGCAUCUACUCCUCCUACAACCAUUCCAAAAAGGAAGAGGAAAAAGAGGAAGAUAUCGAAGAAGAUCCUCAAGUCUUAGAAGAUAGAUUUAUGUCUUCUCUAGAAUGCGGAGAUAUCGCAGUUCCUAGAGAUAUUUUCCCCUAUUUAGUAAUCCCAAAUAGAAUUUCUGUAUAUCUUUCAAAGGAAGAAAAAGAAGACAGAAGAUUUAUGAGCGUCAAAUAUGACAAGGAAAAGAAAGAAUGUGUUUUGCCAAUAAAAUUCAUGGAUGUCUACAAAUUCAUCCCCUAUAAGAUCUAUAAGAACAUUUGGAAUGAUAACAACGUAUUCUCGUCAGAGAGACAAAUCAAUAAUAUCAACUUCUUGCAGUUCUUCAAGAACACGAUUAUUGAGGAGAAAAUCAUUGAACAGCAAGACAACCAGGAGAAAUUAUCGUUAUUAUACGACCUCUGUGUCAAAAUGAUCUUUGACAUGCUCGUAUAUGCAUUCAAUAAUGAGUCUAUUAUUGCAGUAUCUGAAGUUUUCACACAAAUCUUGCAAUUAUCAAAAGACUCGAUUGUUAAAUUCUCUGAUUUUAUCAUGGAAGAUAAUGGUUCAGAAUUCAUUAGAAUUCUCUUCAAAUGAGGAGAGUCUGCAGUCAGGGAGAGCGUCUCAAAGAUCCUCAGCACUGCUAUCAACAGAAUGUUCGAUGACAUCGAAUUGAUAGAGAAAGCAGAGCAGUUUAUGACCUUCAUGAUCAACUCAAUCCACACCCAGGCUUCAGCAAAUUGGACUAAGUUUGAACAAUUCUUUAACUUCAUUCACAAAGUUGCAAUCGGAGGAGAACCUCAGCUUCAAUACAUGAAGAAGCAUCAUGUUGAGACAUUGCUCGCUGACUUCUUCUUGGCAGAAAGGUCUCCUAUUAGGCCAAAAGAGGAGAAGAGAAUGUGUAUGGGAAAUAGCUACUCAAAGCCCAUGUACGAUUCACUUGUCCAGACCAUUUGCUAUUUAUCCAGGCAUACAGACCCCAGAGAGGAAGGACAGGAGAAAAUGCCCUCAACUAUAAUGGAUGGAGAAAUCUUCGCACCAGGUGAAAAUGAAAAAACUGUCAUUGUUAACAAGCACUUUGGAACUAAAGCCAUUAAAGAUGCCUUCGAAGCUGAAUCUGUUGGAAAACUAAUUGCUCAUUGGAGUUAUGAGAACGAAGAGAACUCAGCUAUAUUUGCAGGAGUUUUCCUCAAAGGAAUUAACGAAACAGAGUAUGAAGAGGUAGCUCCAUUCUUAACAGCAAUGCACCACUUUUUGGCUCUUGAGGAUAGUAUACAAGACAAAAGAUAUGAAUGGCUACUCGGAACACCCAUGCUUUUAGAUGGAUCAACUAUCAGAGUGAGUCCUCCAGAAUUUCCAAAGAUAGGAAUUCCAGCAAUCCAGGCUCUCUCUGAAGAGAUCUAUUAUUAUCCAAGUACUUUGAGAUCUCCUGAUUCUAUUGAAGAAAGUAUUCUGUCUUUGAUUUUCAGAUCAAAGAAGAGGUUUGAAAGCUAUACCUUAUUCUGCAUAAAGGAGCUAUUGGUCCUAGGAGAGAAAACCAUGAGAUACGUCCACAACAUGCCACCUCCAACAUACCAGUACGCUAGGUACACAGAUUGGAUCUUCCAAUUUGUAAACGAUAAGCUCAAGUCCAAGGCUAAGAGCAAUGAUCAGCAUAGGGAGCUCCUUCUUGAAGUCAAGGAGAUGCUGGACAAAUACCAAGAAGACUCUAAGCUAUACGAAGAUCAGAUUAAAGAGGACCACAAAGCUAAAUAUCAUCUCAGUGAUGAAGACAUGAUAGUCGACCCUUCCACUCAAAAAUCAGAACAAACAGAAGACUCCAAAGAGGAAAAGAUAGAGACUGGAGAUGAUCAAGAUGAAGAAAAACCAGUUUAUAGCGCUUUCCCUAAACCUUACCUCAUCAGAAAGGUCUUGAAAGAACAAGAAAUCUUAGUAAAAAGUACAGAUGAUCUCAGAAUUGUGCUCUCAGAGCUAGAAUGCGAGUGGACAUGGGCAAAGCCUAUGGGCACCACUAUAAAGACAGCACCUUUCCUGGAUUACUACCUUCAGAGGAAAAAGAAUAUUUCGUUAUGGAACAAGAAAGUCACAGUCAACAAGUCUGGUUUGAACAACACAGACAUCAAUGAGCCAGCGGUUGAUAUCAAAGACCCUAUCUUCAGUAAGAAAAAGGACAUGGAGGAUGAACCAGAAAAGACCACUUUAGUCCCUAUCGGGGAGGAAGAAGAAGAUGCGACUGAGCAAAGACAUCCGGGAGGAAAUAACCAAGAAGUCAAUGAAGAUAACAAUGAAGAUGACGACGAAGAUGAUGAUGAAGUUAACGCUUCCCUUAAUGAUAGAGUAAGAGACUUUGAUGUUGAAGCUGUUCAUGAGCAAGAAUUACAAGAAAUGAAUAACCCUGUCGUUGAAGAUGAGCCAAUCCCUGAACUUGCUGAAAAUAUUCAAGAUAAUCAGGAAGAUGAGGGACAAGAUACUGAAGAGAUGGUUGAAGAUAACCCAAAUGGGCCUCAUUUUGAAAAGAGCCCAGUAGUGAUGAGGCUUGCUGUGUACAAUUUUGGAGCCCAUAAAGCCAAGCUAGAAAUUCAAUUGAAGACUGAGACUGAUGCACCGAAUAUUUAUGUACCUUUGGAUAAGAUCAAGACUGAUGUAUAUUCCUCCAAGAAUAAAGCAGUCUGUUACUUCCAUAAGAUUCAUCCAGAAAUCCCAUUUGGUGAAAUUUCAUUCGAAUAUGUAGAGAUCGAUAAGAAGGAACCAGAAGAAAAGCCUGCUGCCGCAGACCAACAGACUGGUACUGCCGUUGGAACAGGUACAACAGGAGAAAGCACUAAUAUUGGGGUUGAAAACGAGUUUGAUGGUUACCAAGAUGAAAUCAGUUGUUCAGCCUGUACUCUCUUGAAUCCAUUAAGUGCCCACAAAUGUUCAAUCUGCGGAGCUACACUUCCACACAGAGCAUAAAGAUGUUAUCAAAAUAAUUUCAGUCAAACUUACC